UCAAGGGGACGGAACACUUCUUAAUCAACAGCUAGUCAGACAAAUAAGUAGCUUGUUAGUCAACAUAGCCGAAAGAAUAAAGUUUUUUUAGACUUUUACCUAUUUUGGUCACUUUGUGUUGAAUACAUGUUCAUCGUCUAUCUGUUAAUCUAAUUUUGAUAUCAUAUUUACGUUGUUGCUAUUAGUCACCCAGCUGACAGGUUAAGGUAGCAUUAGCUUAGUAGCUAAUGUUAGCAAAGUAGCUAGUACCCCCGAAAAUGAGUUCGCUAAACUACUCUCUCCCCGCCAAAGAGGAGGUCUGCUGGACAGAGAAACAGGGUCUGUGGUUGAACAUUGUUGUAAAGGAAGAAGAGAAAGAACUUACAGUUACAGAAGAGGAAGAAGCUUUCGGAGUGAAAGAGGAGGUCGGUGAAAAUGGAGAGAAAACCAUUUUAGGAGUGAAAGAGGAAGGGGAGAUUACUGUCACAUUAAAAGAAGAGGAAGGAGAAGACGAGGAGGAGGAGGAGGAGGAAGAAGAAGAAGAAGAGGAGGAAGAAGAAGAAGAAGAGAAGAAAGAAGAAGAGAAGGAGAGUGUAGAUCUUAUAAACGACAGAGAAUGUGACUAUAAUGAAGCCUCUGGGGAGCCUAAACCACAUCAAGAUCCUGAUGAGGUAGAGAAGAGCCUCCCUAGAUCAGAACAAUUCAAGAAACCACUGAUGAGAGCCACAGGGAAGAAACCUCAUCACUGUUCUGACUGCGGGAAGAAUUUCAUCUAUUUAUCAGACCUUAAAAAACACCAGCGAAUCCAUACAGGAGAGAAACCUUACAGCUGCUCUGACUGUAAGAAAAGUUUCACGUAUUCAACAGACCUUAAGAAACACCAGCGAAUCCAUACAGGAGAGAAACCAUAUGGCUGCUCUGACUGUAAAAAGAGUUUCACCUUUUCAACAGACCUAAAAAUACACCAGAGAAUACAUACAGGAGAGAAACCUUAUAAGUGCUCUCAGUGUGGAAUAAGUUUCUCUAGGUCACAGUCCUUAAAAUCUCACCUGAGAAUUCACACAGGAGAGAAACCAUAUGUCUGUGAUCAAUGUGGGAAGAGUUUUGCUACAUCAGGUCAGCUGAAUUUACACCAGAGAACCCACACAGGAGAGAAACCUUGUAGCUGUGACGUAUGUGGGAAGAGUUUCACUAGAUCAGAUCAGCUUGUAGUCCACCAGCGAGUACACACAGGAGAGAAGCCGUACAGCUGUAAUCAAUGUGGGAAAAGUUUUACCACACAAAGCAACCUGAAAACGCAUUUGAGAACUCACACAGGAGAGAAGCCUUGUAGCUGUGAUCAGUGUGGAAAGAGAUUCACUCAAUCAACACAUCUGACUAUACACAAGAGAACACACACAGGAGAGAAAGCAUACCAUUGUUCUGACUGUGGCAAGCGUUUUGCUACCUCAACUGAACUGAUAAAACACCAGAGAACACACACAGGAGAGAAACCUUACAGCUGUGAUCAGUGUGGAAGGCGAUUCACUCAGUUGGGUCACCUGACUACACACCAGCAAACACACACUGGAGAGAGGCCUUACCAUUGUUCUGACUGUGGGAAGAGUUUUGUCAGGCCAUCACAUUUAAAAUCACACCAAAGAACACACACAGGAGAGAAACCAUAUAGCUGUGAUCAGUGUGAGAAGAGAUACUCUGAUUCAAGGUCUCUGAUUAAACAUCAGAAAGUACACAGUGGAGACCCAGAGGGUGUGGAAUGAUCUCUACUCCCAAACCCUGAGCAGCAUAAAGAAACUGUACAUGAGAUGGUCUAGUAGGAAGAAAAAAAAUUGCUUGGUUGUACCGCAGUCAUGUGUAAAUUGUAUUUUCACCUAUUAGCAAUGUAUUGAAACAAUAAGCAGAGUUGGGGAGUAGAGCAUUACAUUCAACUAGUUAUUUAACUACAUUUAUGCUGUGCUUCGGUGUUAGUUUAACUAGACUCCAAUCUCUGUUGAUUUUCCAGAUGUUACAUUUAUGCUGCCUGUUACUCAAACUACUGGAAUUACAUACUACUCUUCUGCAGAAAGAAACUCAAUAUUGUUUUUUUGCAGUUCUCACACACCCUCCAAAAUGAUAUGAACAAAAGGCUGUGAAAAAAUCUCAUUUGUUUAUCAGUUUGAUCUUACAUUUCAGGUUUCAUAGUAACUGUGUUAAUGUUUGUCAAUUAAGUGAAAAUGGUUAAAAGAAAAAAAAAUGUUUAUGGACACAAACAUGUUACACAAUUAUUAGCAAACCUAGAAAAUUAUUAGUAAACUUAUUCAGUGGUCAUCCAUAAUAACCUAUUUCACUGGGGUGUAAAUAUGAGGUGACAAACUCUCUUAGUCAUUCAUCAACAUGGGAAAGGCCAGAGCAUACACAACUGAAAUUACACUAAAGUUUGUUGAAUUUCACAAAGGACCUGGAAUUUAUUAAUGUAAUUGGAACUUUGAUUAGAACCAGGUUCUAUGGUCUGAUUGAGGUUGAGUAUUAAACACAAUAGGUGGGUUUGGCAUUAAAAGAGCCAUGGUCUCCAGCCUCCACCUGGAGGAUUAAAUCUGUGCCGAUCCAAAGAUCCAUUCUCCUGAAGAAUCACAUUCCCCUGAAUCUCAUUGGAAACCUGAGGGGUGAGCUGAAGAAUCACAUUCCCCUGAACUAAAUCAUAUUGGAAAGCUGUGCGGUGAGCUGAAGAGGAGAUCCCACAAGUUAAGACAGAAGUGAGGACAUAUCUGGAGUGUCUGUACCGAGGAAUGGUCAUCAUUCAGGGUUUGAACCACCCGGUAAUACUGUCAUACUAUUUGACCAUUCAUCUAUACUGUCAAUGAUUCAUGCUGUGUUUAUUAUGUUUACAAUGAAUUGUAAUACCACACCUACCUUUACAUCAGUUUAGUUAUUUACUCACCACACCUACCUUUACAUCAGUUCAGUUAUUUACUCACCACACCUACCUUUACAUCAGUUUAGUUAUUUACUCACCACACCUACCUUUUCAUCAGUUUAGUUAUUUACUCACCACAACUACCUUUACAUCAGUUUAGUUAUUUACUCACCACACCUACCUUUACAUCAGUUUAGUUAUUUACUCACCACACCUACCUUUACAUCAGUUUAGUUAUUUACUCACCACACCUACCUUUUCAUCAGUUUAGUUAUUUACUCACCACACCUACCUUUUCAUCAGUUUAGUUAUUUACUCACCACACCUACCUUUACAUCAGUUUAGUUAUUUACUCACCACACCUACCUUUACAUCAGUUUAGUUAUUUACUCACCACACCUACCUACAUC